AUGAUUAAAUACGUAAAGCUACUUCCACUAAGUGGAGUAAUUUGCAAUAGUAAGAAAAAAUAUGCGCAAAGUAUAUUUGGUUCUUUUUUUUGUACACAAAGUAAUGAUUAUGUUCAUAAAAUAAUUUUGGAAAAUAAUUAUAAUAAUAUAAGAAAUUUAAAAAGUCAAGAACUUCGGGUACUUUCUGAAAAUUGCUGUGUUAAAAAAAUUAAUGAUGUUAUUAUAUGGAGUGAAAUAUCAAGAAAUGCCAUUGAAAAAUGCAAUGAGUUUAAGUAUUUUGAUGCUUUAUUAUUGUUGUCAUCCUUCGAAAAAAUGAAUAUUCUGGACAGACAUUUAUAUAAGAGUUUCUCAGAUGUUUUUAUAAAACAAAUAAAUCAUUUAGAGCCUAGACAUUUUAUACUGUUAAUAAAUUUAUAUUGUAAAGCUAAUAUUUUUCCUCGAAUAUUAUUUAUACAAGUAUUUCAUUCAAUUAUAAAAUAUUGCUCAAAAUUAUAUCCAGAGGAAUAUGUGGACAUGUUAACAUGUUUUGCCAACUUAAAAAUAGUAAACAAAGAUUUAAUAAAAACGUUAUGUAAAUCUAUAAUUAAAAAUAUUAAUCUUUUUGAUUAUCUUCAUUUAUGUUCCAUUGUUGGUUGUUUAAGAGCGUUAGAUAUAAAUGAUGAGGUAUUUUAUUAUGUAGUGGAUGAAAAACAAUUAAAAGAAUUAAAAUUAUUAACUGUUCAGGAAAUAUUUGAUCAUAUAAAAAAAAUAAAAUUAUUAACAUAUAGUUGGGAAUUAUAUGAAAAGGAUUUAAUUAAAGAAUUCUUAACAAGAAUUAAUGAAUUUAAAAAUGAAAAGGAUGUGAAUCAACUUGAUGAUCCUUUUAUUUGUUUAAAUUAUUUAAUUUCAAAAAAUUAUAUUAGUAACAACUAUUUAUUAGCCUUAAGCAAAUGGUGUGCUACUCAUGUCUAUGAAUAUCCAUCAAAAUCAGCCAAAAGACCUUUGUCUUAUCAGCUUAUAAAAUUGUAUGAAUUAAUGAAAGAAAAAGAGGUUGGGAAUUACGAUUUUAUUGAAAAGGCAAUUUACAGAUUUGUAAUAAGCAGAGGAGGAUUAGCAGUCAAUCGAGAUAAGAUGGUUAGGGCUGUGUCUUAUCAAAAAGGAAGGAAGUACGUAUUCACAUCAGACCCCCUUGCAGAUCAGGCCGUUAUAAGAAGUAGCGUGAAUUCUAACGCUUCCUAUAACGAUGAUCAUCACAUAGCUGACCAUAAUAAUGGCAAUUCCAUUAUAUAUGAUAAAUGUAGCAAUGAUGAAAAUUAUACCAAGUUAAAUGCUCAAGAUAAUAUUGUUGAAAAUACAAAGGACUAUUUUAAUAAGGAGGACUAUUAUGUACAACUUAAAGAACAUGAUAACAUAACAGAAAAACAAAGAAGAAUUAAUUUAAGUUUUGAAAAAAAAACAGAGAGAAAAAAAAAUACACAUUCCAACUCAAGAUAUUGCAAUUUUAAGCUACGCCAAAGACCAAAAAGAAUAAAAAAUAAAGCCCUUCCAGCGCAAGUAUAG